UUUUAAGAUUUCCUACCAAUUUUGUCCCUUUCAAGUGUCAAUUCAAUAUACCAUCAUUCAUUCAUUCAUAUUAUUCAUAUAUGUAAACUGUAAAAUGUGCAACAUUGAAGCAGUUGAACAGUUGAUUCAAUAAUGGAAUCUUUGAGAAUAAAUUGUAAAUUUCAAGUUUACCUUGUGUAAAUGUUGGUGGUUUGUUCCACAUGAUGAGUACUUUAAAGCAUAGAAGGCAUGGUUCAACAAAAAAUUCUCUGUUCCAUGUUGAUCUACCUUCUCAAUCUCAGCAAUAUGAAGAGAGAGGAGUUGACAUUCCUGAAGAAGAGCCAGUCACUCAGCCUGACCUUUUUCCUGGUGAAGUUGUUAUUGCAUCUGCGGAUAACGUUUUGAAAUUCUCGCCCGGAGGAGAGCAAAACACAGGAAUAUCUGGAACAUUAUUCAUUACAAACUUGAGGCUUGCUCUGCUCACUACAUUGCCUCCCACAUAUCAAGAAGAGGCAUUGCACCAUCUCUCAUUAAGUCACCUUUUCCUUGGAGCUCACGAUGUCGAGCUGUGCCUUGUAUCAUCCGUGUGUUUACUGGAUGAGCAGAACCAACGCAGGAAGACAUUACUGCCUGAACACUUUCUCCCUGAGAAAGUUCCAGGCAUUCAAGUUAUAUUAAAGAAUUUUCGGGUAUUGAACUUCAGUUUCAAGUUUAGUCCAUAUGGAGAAGAUGGCAAAGUCAUUCGUGCAUUGCUGCACCACACCAAUCCUUCAAAUGUGGAUCUCCUUUUCCUGACGCCAGGAACUCCUCCUCCCAACACCUUCAUCCCUACAUUCCGAACAUAUAAUGACUGGAUGUCAGAACUGGAACGAACUGGCUGUCCAAACUGGCGGGUCACUCACCAUAAUGAGAACUACAAUCUCAGCGCCACGUACCCUCCGGUGAUGGUGGUGCCCAGCAGCAUGGUGGAUAAGGACCUGGAGAAAGCUGGUCACUUUUUCAGGGAGUCGCGCCCCCUGCUGUGGCUCUGGGGGGCGCCUGGGGGAGCGGCCCUUGUCGUCAUGGCUCAAAUCUCCCCAAACAUUCCAGACACGAUGUCUCUGAAUCCUCGCAGUUUUGGCCAGUUAAAGAUGAGCAAACUUGAAGAUGAAGCUAAGGCGAUCGAGAACUCUGUGAUAAAAGCCGUCUUCCGGAGCAACUCGGAGUUCCAGGAGUGCCCUGAAAUUAUCAAUCUGGAGAAGGAGCUUCCGCAGCCUGGUGAUCUGCAGGUGGCCUGUAGCAGGCUGCGUGCCCUGCAUUUACCUGACGGUGCGAGUGCGAGCUCUUACUUAUCGCGCUUCGAGAGCAGCAAGUGGCUGAGCUACGUCAGUCGUACCCUGGAAGUGGCAUGUAGAGCGGCUCAGCUCAUCACGGAGCACAACAGAAGCGUCAUACUCCAGGAGGACUGUGGUCGUGACGGAGCGUGCGUGGUGAGCACGCUGGUGGAGGUGCUGUGUGAUCCGUUCGCGCGCACCGUGCGUGGCUUGCACUGCGCCAUCGCCAAGCAUUGGGUGGCGCUGGGCCAUCCCUUCACUGCGAGGCUCGGCCACACCAAGCGAGAGAAGCACCUGCAGGGACCGUGCUGGCUGCUGCUGCUGGACUGUCUCCAUCAGGUGUGCGUGCAGCAGCCUCACCUCCUGGAGUACACGCCGUGCUACCUCGCCGCCCUCUGGAGCGCCGCCCACUGCCCUCUGUACACCACCUGUCUCUUUGACUGCACCAACAGCCGCCACUCCACCAUCUCGAGACUCCAGCUGCAAAAUAUAGAAAUAUCAGAGCUGUGGGAGCUAUGGUGCUGGUGGGCGUCCUGUAAGUCACAAUCUCCCGCCACUAACUCGGUUGGUGAUGGCGCCUCUCAGGGCCUCAGGAACUCUUCAUCCAAGUCCAGCAAUGGCGCCGCGAACUCAAGUAAUUCACGAUCCAGUUCUUCUUAUACAACCACGCGCACCGCCGAGACUAGUUUUACUACCAAGAACUGUAAUCACUCUUCUACGGACACGGGAUCGUCAAGAUCGUCGUCUACAGAGUGCAGCAAAUCUUGUAUUAUUGCUCGUCGCCAUUUUAUAUCGCCUCUUUUUGUACAAGGUUUACUCAAUUCGCUCCUAAGUCCGGGGGCGUUGGACAGGAUACGAGAUAAGUUUUCAGUGGCGCAUCACACAUGGGGACAAAUACAGCGUCUUCUUUCCCCCAGUGUUUGUCAUCUUCCCUAUGACGGGAGCCAGGCACCUGCACCCGUGCGUGGGUGCUCCCCCAACACGGUCACCAGACCCCCCACCAGGAGUCGGUUGCCCCCGCCUGUUUAUGUCAAUUAUUCGGUUCCUCGUCUCACGGUUUGGGUGGAACUUUUUGGUCGGUGGCUACCCGAGACGGACGUGUCGUGUGAUGGCGUUCCUCUGUCGUCUGCUCUCCACUCUCAGAAACGCUGCAUUUUACGUCCUGAAAAUCCCCACCUGCUCUUCUGGGACGACAUCUACGCAAUCUAUGACGUCAUUAAAGGAUACGUAGAUAUAACUGCUGACGGGAUUACGAGAGACAGACGGCAGGAAUACGCUUCUUAGUCUCACAGCUUCCAUGAGCUCUUCCAUGGCUUCGCUCUGAUAAAUGAAUGGGUCAUAUUGUCCAAUUAGUGCAACACUUUCUAACCCAGAGCCCGAGCGGAGAGAUUGGACGUAGCACUGACACGCUCUUUUGCUGGGCCAAAUUGUUCAGGAUGACCCACAUAGGGCAGGAAGUGCGUCGCUAUUGAGACAAAGUCGCACUCAUUUUUCUGAGUGCUGUCUAAGGUGAAUCAAUGUCUUGUUUGUUUACUUUCAUACGGUCGGUGCUUGUGAUAAUUGAGCUUCUUAGGCUUUUUCUAGUGAACUUCCUAGACUUCCAACAGCGUUUACAUUAUAAGCUUUAAACUCAGAUUCUUUGACUCCGAGAUUUUCUGCGGUAGAAGCGUUGAUAUUGUGCAUGUUUAUGCUACGCGGAAUGAACUUCUGUGUGGAUGUUCCAGAACCCGUGUAUAAAAGUUGUGUAUUAUUUUGAUUAUUCCAUUGAAGAAUUCGUUUCAGAAGCGACUUAUAUGCAUCUUAUAUUUACUGCACCGUUCACUGCUUCCCAUAUUCACUGAUCGCUCACGGUCACUGCAGACUGCAAUUAACUUAGUGACGGUAUUUUUAUGUUACAAAAUUCAACUAAAUCAACACUUUUUCGCUUUGUUCCAAACGAAUUUUCCAUGCUUCUUUAUCUCUGCACGUUACUGUUGAAUCCAACAGACGAACCGCUUAAGUUUAUUCCUGUUCAUCAGGAAUGUAAUCAUCCGUACCGCUAAUUAAUCAUUUUUUGAAGAUGUUUUUU